AAUCACACUCUUCCUAACCAACACUUUUCUUUCCCAAAAAAUUCAAUACCUCAUUCUCUUUUAGAACUUCAACCUUCUCCAUUUCCAUAACAAACUAAAGUAAUUAACACUCACGUAUACAUCAUGAGAAAACAAGAACAAAACCUCAUCCUCCAAAGAAGCACCAGCACCAUCGCCACAAGAUUAACAAGCACCAGAAGAAUAACCCCUUCCAACCACCACGCCCUCUUCCGCCUCUCCGACCCCGACGACGUUGCCGAAAAGCUCCUCGUACGGCGAGGUUCCUCCCCCUCCAUCUCCUCCUCCUCCUCCUUCAAGAAUAACCAAUCAUCACCACCACCACCAACAACAAGAAGAACAAGAACCAACAAUAACAACAAACUCUCAGUUCUAAUGCGCUCUUUCCUGUGCAUCUUCACCUUCCCUACAAUGAUCCCAGCAUGCAAAUUUUUCACUAUACCUUCCAACUUCUCCAUAACCCCUUCCACUGGUCGAAAAGUCACCGGAACACUCUUUGGCCACCGCCGCGGCCAUAUCUCCUUCGCCGUCCAGCUCGACCCGCGGGAGGAGCCUCUCCUCCUCCUCGAGCUCGCCAUCUCUACCGCCUCUCUCGUCAAGGAGAUGUCCUCCGGCCUCGUCCGCAUCGCGCUCGAGUGCGAGAAGGUCCUCUCCGCCGCCUCUCACGGCGGCCGGCACAGGAAGCUCUUCCAGGAGCCGACCUGGACUAUGUACUGCAACGGUAGGAAGUGCGGUUACGCGGUGUCGCGAACGUGCGGGGAGCGUGAGUGGCACGUGCUGAGAACGGUUCAGAGUGUGUCCGUUGGCGCGGGCGUAAUACCGCUGCUGGAAGACGGGGAGAAAGAAAGCAACGGCGGGUCAGAGGGCGAGUUGAUGUACAUGAGAGCGAGGUUUGAACGAGUCGUUGGAAGCCGUGACUCGGAAGCUUUCUACAUGUUGAAUCCUGAUGGUAGUGGAGGACCUGAACUCAGUAUUUUUCUUUUGAGAAUAUGAUCAUCUUUGAAUAAAUAUGAAAAUAAAAACUGUUAUAAUUUUUUUUUAUAAUAAUUAACCAAAGUUUAGGUGCUUCGUUACAUAUAAGAGGACCGAAAGUUACAUUCUUUUCAGUGUGUUCUGAACCUUUAUAAUCCGUGUCUGAUUUCUUCUUAGACAUUUAUAUAUAGGUUUUGUUUGUUUA